UUUCAGGAACUGUAACGACGCACGCACCCGCGAUUCCGAAAGUAGAAUAGAAUAGAAUGAAUCCGACACUGUAACAAGAAUCCUCUGAUUUGUCCUUUUUAACUGCCCAAUGCCGCAAUGCGGGCAUGCCUCUGUAUUCUGUAACCAGGUAACCCCAAUAAAUAGCAAGAGUCAACAAGGGAGACGGCGCCGUUUCAGUGGAAUAUAAGGCCCAAGGUUUCUUGAGAAACAAACGGGAAUUCAGGAAAUGAGAUUUCCGAACCUUUUUGCUGCCCAGUUCCUGGCGCAAACGAGCAGGAGACGAGCUCCACGUUGCUCCAAUGGCGGAUCGAAUCCGAGCUUGGAGAUGUUUUUGGGGUGGAAGCAGUUCUUUGCCACUUGCAGAGAAGAGCCGGAAGAGCUCAAGGACUUCAGCGCCUAUCUUGAUUCACUCACCAAUUACGAGAAAUCGGGGGUUCCCAAGGACGCCGGUACCGAUUCCGAUGAUGGGCUCGACCUGGGCAGAAUGCGCCGGCUCAUGACCCGCCUUGGUGAUCCUCAAUCCAAGUUCAAGGUCGUUCACAUUGCUGGAACUAAAGGCAAAGGAUCCACAGCAGCUUUUGUUUCCAACAUUCUACGAGCACAAGGCUAUUCCGUUGGUUGUUAUACUAGUCCGCACAUUAUGAGUAUAAGGGAAAGGAUGACAGUUGGGAAAUCUGGUGAUCCAGUGGCAUCAAAAUCUUUGAAUUGCCUCUUCCAUAAGAUAAAAGGGCAGCUUGAUGAAGCUGUUCAGCUAGAAAAUGGACUGCUGACUCAUUUUGAGAUUCUCACAGCCACUGCAUUUGCGUUGUUUGCUGAGGAGAAAUCAGAUAUUGCUGUGAUUGAGGCUGGUUUAGGAGGUGCUCGGGAUGCAACAAACAUCCUUUCAAGCUCUGAGCUUGCAGCAUCAGUCAUUACAACAAUUUGUGAGGAGCAUUUGGAUGCACUGGGAGGUUCUCUGGAGAGCAUUGCAAUGGCUAAGGCAGGAAUCAUUAAACACGGUGUCCCAACGGUGCUUGGUGGCCCGUUUCUACCACAUAUAGAGCAGAUUAUUCGUGAUAGAACAUCACUGAUGUACUCACCAGUGGUAUCAGCAUCUGAUGCUGGAACCAGGUCCAGCAUUAAAGGCCUCAGCAUGUUGGACUGUAGACCCUGCCAAGUGAACGAUCUCGUGAUACAAGCUCAGGGAGAUCUUCAGCUAUCCCUAGAGUUAUCAGAUGUCCACUUGCAAAUGCUCGGAGAGCACCAGCUUCAAAAUGCCGUGACUGCUGCAUGUACCAUACUGUGCCUCCGUAAUCAAGGGUGGCAGGUUUCAGAUAAAUCAAUUAUGUCUGGUCUGGAGAAUACACACUUACUUGGAAGAAGUCAGUUUCUAUCAUCCAAGGAAGCUGAUGCGUUGGGGCUACACGGCACUACGAUACUUGUUGAUGGAGCUCACACCAAGGAAUCAGCCAACUCUUUGAUGGAUACGAUACAGAUGGCAUUUCCUGAUGCUGAACUGGCCUUCAUUGUUGCAAUGGCCAGAGACAAAAACCAUGUAGCAUUCGCCAAAGAAAUUCUCUCAGCUAGAAGAUUGGCUGCUGUGUUCUUAACAGAAGCUGAGAUUGCUGGAGGAAAAUCUCGUACAACAUCAGCGGAGUGGCUGAGAGACCAAUGGCUUCAAGCUUGUAAGGAAGUAGGCAUAAAAUCCGUGCAGGAUAUAGUGCCUGAAGAGCACCACCAAAUGUGCAGCUCUGCCAUGAGAGAAUCAAUGGAAAGCUCAACUCAUUUGGUAGCAGAGAAAUCACUGGCAGUUGCUGUGCAAGCUGCCGGGGGUAUUCUCGGACGAAGAACAAGUGCAGGGAAGAAGAGGCCGGGUGUCGUAGUGAUCACGGGGUCUCUGCAUGCUGUUUCAUCUGUACUGCGUUCUGUUCAGUAACCAUUGCUUCAAUGCUGGUGCCCUCAGUACGUUUCUUAUGGAAGGCCGCCUUGCUUUGAAGCACAAGCCGGUUAGCUAGUUUUAUUUUAAAUGAUCUUUUUGUUUGGAUCCGUCAUGUUCAAAUUCAAUAUUAUGAGCCGUUCUCUCGUCUAGUUUCAUUGCAAUACUAAACACUGAUGGUUACUUGGCUACGAAGGAGGAAACCCCAUCAGUUCAUUAGGAUAUAUAUGAACUCAACCCAUAAUAUCACCAUAAUGGUUUAUUUCCACCAGAGGACACAGAUUUGUUAAACAGAAAUUGCAACAAAUGAAGAUUGAUAUUCUCAAACCACCCAAAAAAAAGAACUUAUUAAACUUUGCAACCCCCUCUUAAACUGGAAAAAUAAAUUACAGAAUUUGAUAUCUUUGGUACACAACCAAUAACAGGGCAUCAUUGGCCUGAGGCUGCACAACCACAUACGGCCAAGUUUCAUCGUUACUCUUCAGCAAGGGAAGGCUCUGCUUCAGAAAAGUAAUCAUGCCUUAAUUUACGCGACAGCUGAUAUAUGCCUGUUCCAGCCAUUGCCACAUUUACGCUAAACAGAUUCCAGUUUUUCUGAAAAUACAGAAGAAUUCUGAGAUGAUGAAGGAAGUACCAACUACUAAGACAGUGG